AUUAAUAAAAAGCGGAUAUGGAUGGAUGCACUAUUUUCUUGGAGAGGGAACUUGUGAAUAGUUGCGUCUGAGAGCCGACGACAUACCCUUGUUGUGUUCUACUUCACAAGCCAGCAACACCUUGCUUCCUUCCUGCGAAAGGCUGGUAGACAUAUUUAUCCAUAUGCGUCAAAAUCCUGCCAAGCGCCAGGAAGUGUACAACCUACACAAUGACUCUUUGAAGUGCAUUUCAUUGCUCAAACAUGGUCGUCGUUCCGGUGGCCACUUGCCAAGACCUUGCUGAGAAUGGUUCGCCCCAGUUAAUUCCCUCACCAGCUAGACAGAUAUCUCACGCAGGAUCCCCGAAUAAAGUGAAAGUCAUCAGCAAAGAGCCAAGGUGGAAAGUACGGAGGAGAGAGCAGUCACCCAAAGUGCACGGCUAUCCUGAUAUGGAGACUGUGCCGCUCCUGCUCAGCAAAGUGAAGGCAGAACCUCCAGAAGACCUGCUCUCAUCCGAGCAGUUCCAAACCCAGACAGAGCCUGUAGACCUGUCCAUCAACAAGACAAGGACAUCAUCACCUUCCUCCAACACCUCAGCCUUCUCUCCAUCUUCAUCAUCGUCAUCCUCACCUUCUGUCAUCACCUCAGUCUCCUCGGGAAUGCCGUCCGUUUUGACACCCGGGUCCUUGGUGGGCUCUCCUCAUGGAGUUAGAGGCCAGCAAUUUUUGCACAUCAUCCACCCCGUCCGCCCUUCCAGCCCCAGUAAACUUCCCAGUCAGGUGCACCGUAUCCCUGUGGUGGUGCAGUCGCUGCCCCUCAUGUACACCACAGCCGUUCACUCCCCGGCAACCCUCAACUCCACAAUCAUGUUACCUCUCCUGGACGAGGCCAAGUACCAGGGCAAAGCACAAACAGACCCCAAUGGCCUGUCGCCAAGACAAAUCAAAAGUGACAGUGAUGAUGACGACCUGCCAAAUGUGACCUUGGACAGUGUUAAUGAAACAGGAUCGGCGGCGCUGUCUAUAGCACGAGCAGUCCAGGAUUCCAUGUCACCAUUCAGUAUUGAGAGCAUUCGACGGCCACAGCCUUCUGAAUCUCCAGACUCCAAGAAAAGACGCAUCCACAGGUGUGAUUUUGCAGGGUGUAAUAAAGUUUAUACCAAGAGCUCCCAUUUAAAGGCACACCGGAGGACACACACAGGUGAGAAGCCAUACAAGUGCACCUGGGACGGCUGCACAUGGAAGUUCGCCCGCUCAGACGAGUUGACACGGCAUUACCGUAAACACACUGGGGUCAAACCCUUUAAGUGCGGGGACUGCGACCGAAGCUUUUCCCGCUCAGACCAUCUGGCCCUGCACCGUCGCAGACACAUGCUGGUUUGAAGCCACCCACUCACUCACUCGCACACACGGGAGAGCUGGAUCUCCCCCAAAAGUGUUCAGCUGGGCUGGACACAGAAAUGGCCAUCCCUGCCCCUGAGAGUGAGGAUAAAAGAGCAAGCCAAGGUGGAGUAAGAUGCUUUCCCCACAUUUGCAGAGCUAAACGGGGUCCAUUCAGGAAGGGAGGUGUCCUGAAACAUUUGGAGUCCAGUACGUUGAUUGUCUCAUGUCUGGUCAAAGGAUUAUUUCACUCGGACAAACGGUUUGUUUUUUGAUUUUUCCUUUCUUAAUCAUCCGUGUGGUCUGUUUAAAGAUGGCUGCUUCUCACUCAACAUCUACAAUGUAAAAAAAAAA